AUGUCGGACCACGCAAAGACAACUCCCCGAUGCUUCGGACACGAGAGGAUCUUCUUUUCUGGUACCAUUCUACUCUAUCCUCUCUCGACCCCGUCUACGACGAUUAGCAGCCGCCAUAGUGCAACUCUUUAUGCUCGCCACCCUGAGCAUGGAGCCAAUGCCCCUGACGAGGAGGGGGAGGAGGAGGAGGAGGAGGAGGAGGAGGAGGAGGAGGAGGAGGAUGAUGAUUUGGAUGAGAUUGAGAUUGACUCUGGUCACCCCCCCGGGGAGGAAGAAAACUUCUGA